ACCUCUUCAAUUUGCAUUCAGGAAUCGAACCGACCAACUUUAUUACCUUCAACAACAUCACAGGGUUGAUUAAUUAUGGCCUCUCCUACCUUCUCUUGGAAAUUCCAAUUCUCAAACUUCUACCUCCACACAACUCACCUUCUUAUUUCCAUCUCUUCUGCAGCAAUCUGUCUCAAAAUCUGUUUUUGGUAUUUUCAGAAUGGGUGAAACAAAAUGGUUUCUCCUUAUUCUGAUGAACUAUCUAUCCCUCAGCAUUGGUUUUUCCGCAGAUGUUUCAUCAACAAAGAAGACUUACGUUGUGCAGAUGGAUAAGUCUGCAAUGCCAGGCGCGUUUUCCAGUCACCUUGAUUGGUACUCAUCGAAAGUAAAAUCUGUAGUAUUUAAGAAAGAAGGUGAUGCAGAUGAAGAAGAAGAAGAUAGGAUAAUUUACAAUUACGAGACUGCUUUUCAUGGAAUGGCUGCUCGUUUGAGUGAACAAGAGGCAGAGAGGCUAGAGGAAGAAGAUGGAGUCUUGGCCAUUUUCCCAGAUAAAAAAUACCAACUUCAUACUACAAGAAGUCCCAUGUUCCUUGGGUUAGAACCAGAAGACAGUUCCAGCGUUUGGUCUCAGAAGCUGGCUGACCACGAUGUUGUUGUGGGAGUUCUUGACACUGGGAUUUGGCCGGAGAGUGCAAGUUUCAACGACUCCGGCAUGCCGCCGGUACCGGUUCACUGGAAAGGAGUAUGUGAAACAGGUCGGGGUUUUCAAAAGCAUCACUGCAAUAGAAAAAUUGUGGGUGCGAGAAUUUUCUACCUUGGAUAUGAAGCAGCGACAGGAAAAAUCAAUGAACAAACUGAGUAUAAAUCAGCAAGAGAUCAAGAUGGGCAUGGGACCCACACAGCGGCUACUGUGGCUGGUUCUCGUGUGCGUGGUGCUAAUCUUUUGGGUUAUGCUUCUGGGAUCGCUAGAGGAAUGACCCCCGGUGCGAGAAUUGCAGCUUAUAAGGUGUGUUGGUCUGGGGGGUGCUUCAGCUCAGAUAUAUUAUCGGCAGUUGAUAGAGCUGUGGCUGAUGGAGUCAAUGUUUUAUCAAUAUCAUUGGGCGGGGGAGCGCCAUCUUACAGCCGCGACAGUUUGUCAAUAGCCUCUUUCGGAGCGAUGGAGAUGGGCGUUUUUGUUUCUUGCUCCGCCGGAAAUGGCGGCCCAGACCCUGUCAGCCUCACAAAUGUAUCACCAUGGAUCACCACAGUUGGCGCUAGCACCAUGGACAGAGAUUUUCCAGCUACUGUUAAGCUUGGAACAGGAAGGACUUUUACUGGAGUUUCACUCUAUAAAGGGCGGAGAAUUUUGCCCGCAAAUAAGACAUAUCCCCUUGUUUAUAUGGGCAGCAGCAACUCAAGCAGCCCUGAUCCAAGCUCUUUGUGUUUAGAGGGCACAUUGAAUCCAAGUGUAGUAGCAGGCAAAAUUGUCAUCUGUGACCGUGGUAUUAGCCCUCGAGUUCAGAAAGGUCAAGUGGUUAGAGAUGCCGGAGGUGUAGGCAUGAUUCUGUCAAAUACGGCUGCCAAUGGAGAGGAGUUAGUUGCGGAUUGUCACCUUCUUCCGGCUGUAGGUGGGGAAAAUGAAGGGAAAGCAAUAAAGAAUUAUGCAUUAACAGAUGGGAAAGCCACUGCAAGUCUAACAUUUCUCGGUACCAGAUUGGGGAUUAGGCCUUCUCCUGUAGUAGCAUCAUUUUCGUCCAGAGGACCAAAUUUUCUCAGCCUUGAAAUUCUGAAACCUGAUAUGGUGGCACCUGGGGUCAACAUUCUUGCGGCUUGGACCGGCGAAACAGGCCCAUCAAGCUUGCCAACUGAUCACAGGAGAGUGAAAUUCAACAUAUUAUCAGGAACUUCAAUGUCAUGCCCCCAUGUGAGCGGAGUUGCUGCUUUGCUUAAAGCAAGGCACCCAGAAUGGAGCCCUGCAGCAGUAAAAUCUGCACUGAUGACAACUGCUUAUGUUCAUGAUAACACACAUAAUCCUCUUAUAGAUGCCUCAAUAGGUGCACCCUCGACGCCGUUCGACCAUGGCGCUGGACACAUUAACCCAGAGAAAGCUCUAGACCCAGGUUUGAUCUACGACAUUGAUGCACAGGAUUACUUUGAAUUCCUCUGCACACAAGAGCUAUCCCCAGAGCAGCUCAAAGUUUUUUCCAAGUUUGCAAAUAGAUCUUGCCAUCACUCUUUAGCCUCUCCAGGGGACUUAAACUACCCUGCAAUCUCAGUAGUGAUCGAAGCUAAUAGAAACGUUUCUACCGUAACUCUUCACAGAACAGUCACCAAUGUUGGGCCUCCGGUGUCUAAUUAUCAUGUUGUGGUUACACCCUUCAAAGGUGUUAACACAAAAGUGGAACCAAGAAGCCUGAAUUUCACCAAGAAAUACCAGAAACUGUCGUAUAAGGUUACCUUCACAUCGAGAUCUCAACAGACAAUUCCGGAGUUCGGAGGUUUGAUUUGGAAGGACGGAGUUCACAAAGUAAGAAGCCCGAUUGUUAUCACUUUCCUGCAACCAGUAUGAACACGUAAGUGGAUUUUUGACAUGUUUCUUAGUUAAUUUCACAAAUAAGCAAUGUGUUUUGCUAAGAGUCAUGGGACUCAAAAGGCUUUAUUAGAAUGAGAUUAUAUCCCCCCUUCUUUUACCCACUCGGAAUCUGUAGCCGUAAUAAUGAUUUUCCAAGUAAUCCCAGUUGAGAAAAGAAAACAGAUCAGCUUCUUAUAA